AGAGAGUGGACUUUUGUUCCUUUUACCUUGUUUUUUGGGUCAAAUAAAGAAGGAUGUUGGAUUGGGGUGUUAUACUCUCUCGUCAGUCUCUCUCUCUCUCUCCCAUUGGUCAGUACAUCCAAAACAACAGAAACAGCUUCUUCUACAUACUUCCUUUCCUUAAGAAUUGAUUCACUAGUUUACUCAACUAUUGCUCCUCUUCUUCUCCAAUUCAUCCUCCCUUGUGCUCUGCUAUUUGAUCCGUGAAGAGUGAAGCGAAAGGCUACAUAUGUUCAAAGUUUGAACAACCACAAGGACACUAUGUUUGUUCUAGUCCGUCAUUUCAAGAUAUUCAUUGAAGCAGUUAAUGAAACUAGACCUGUUUCCUUCUGAUAUAUAAGAUAAAGGUUCUCAUGGUUUCUUCAGAAGAAAGCGCAGACCAUAAUGUUUCUUCUAAUAAAUUGCAGCAAAGAGUGAGUCCUCUUAGCGAUACUACCUUGUCACAAGGGAUUCAUGAUACUAAAAUUCAUUUGUCCAGACAAGUUCCUUCUAUUGUAGCUCAAAACGAAGUGAAGGAUUCUGAUGCUACUGCUUGUGCCUUGAAAUCAGAUCAAGAAGGAAGCAUAUACUCUUUAACAUUUGAGAAACAUUUGCAGAGCCCUGAUAAUGUUUCGCAUGAAUUGCCUCCAUUGCAAUCUGGUCAGGACAGUCCCUCUAUAAUACGUGAAAGGGUAUCAAAAGAUGGCUAUAACUGGAGAAAAUAUGGCCAGAAACAUGUUAAGGGGAAUGAAUUUAUAAGGAGCUAUUAUAAGUGUACACAUCCAAACUGCCAGGCAAAAAAGCAAUUGGAGCAGUCGAAUAAUGGGCAUAUUACAGAUUCCAUUUGCAUCGGUCAGCAUAAUCAUCCUAGACCUCAACUGAACACCAUACCACCAGUUGAUUGUGUUCUUCCUGUUGUUGAAGAAGGGCCUCACAAAACUUCUUCAGCCAAUGUGGAAGAGAAAGCAUCCGUUGAGCAUGGAUGUAUGCCUCAACAGAUCAAGUCUUUACAUUCCCUUCCAACUUCAAAAGUUUCCCCAGAUGAUGAGUUGAAAGCUGCACAUUUACAAUUGACUAAGGCAAAGGAUGAGGUUCAUAACAAUGAGAAUCCUGAGUCAAAGCGGCUGAAGAAAGACAAUUGUAACGCUGAUAUCACUGGGGUUGACAAGUCAAUUUGUGAGUCUCGUGUUGUUGUUCAGACUUCAAGUGAGGUUGAUUUUGUAAAUGAUGGGUAUCGCUGGCGCAAAUAUGGGCAGAAACUAGUUAAAGGGAAUACAAAUCCAAGGAGUUAUUAUCGAUGCUCGAAUCCUGGAUGCCCUGUCAAAAAGCAUGUGGAAAGGGCCUCUCAUGAUUCAAAAAUUGUAAUAACUACCUAUGAGGGACAACAUGAUCAUGAAAUCCCCCCAGUAAGGACUGUCACUCAUAAUGCAGCUACAAAUACUCAGACAAUGAUCACUGAUGGCAAGUUUGGAACCAAAUCUAGAGGUAAUAUUGUUGGUGUUGAUACAGGGGAAAGCAGCUACUUGGACUCAGAAAGCAGAUUAAAUCAGCAACUAAAUGGCGAGUCAAUUACUAAAUUAAAGGAUGGUGAGAUGGUUGAAUUUGGUGUGGUCAGCUUGUGUAGUAAGGGUCCUGAACUUAAAUUGAGUGAGCAAGAACAACAAAAUGAUAACUCGGGUACCAAAGACGAUUCUAGCAAUGACAUCAUAUGCCAUUCAAGUUCCGAAGUUCCAUGUAGAUCAAAUGAACAGCUGAAAGAUGAGGUGAAAACUAAAUCAGGAGGAAGUAAGGAUUGCGUCAAUGUGGUUGCCGUUCAUGAUACUCCUAGUUCAGAAAGUGAAUUUAAUAAGCAAUCAACAUCUGAUGCUGAACCUGUCCAAAGCUAAAUUUGCAAUGUUUUUUCAAGCUGCAGCUAGUUACUGAAGAUUAUAAAUAGUUGGAAAUGACAUAGGUUAUACAGAUAUCUCAUGGGAUUAUGAUUCCUAUUUCUAUCCUAACCUUCAUUUUCCCCUUCUUUACCUCUCUUUCUUCUUGUCUUUGGGCAGGUUGACUAAAUAUGCAAAUCAUAGUUAAUACUACAUUGGAUACCUUUACUUGCAUACCAUUAUUAUUAGGAAUAAGUAAGUGAAGAUGUACAUUUUCUUAUACUUGUAUCUAAAAUUCUAAUAUUUUGUAAUAUAUUGUCGAAUGUACUCCCAUGUAUUUCUUGUUUUGUGCCUACAACUAU